AAACACUCAAGUGCCGUUAUUUCGAGCUGAGGACGAACAGAAAGGGAAAAUGAAGCCGUUGGCUUGCCUUUUUUUCGUGGCCUUACUAACCUUCUUCACUGAAGCAAAUCCCAUCAUUCAGGAGAGCUUCGCAAAGCAGCUACUUCGCACCAAGAGACAGAAGCCUGGACACCCUGAUGAACCUAUGAAUGAACACUUGCUGCAUAUGCAGAGGCUGGAGCAGAAGGCUCGAGAGACCAAUAUGGAGCACUGGCUAAACCCUCAUUGUUUCCCGCGGUGUGACCGCAACUACGGUUAUCCUGUGUAACCAAACUGCAUGAUCUCAUAGGUUCGGAUACUUAGUAGCUACAUAUGCAAUGCUUGAAAUAAAUAAUGACAUAAUUAGGCGAACAAAUUCAUUUUAACAGUCAACUUUUUUUUGAAAGUUAAACAUUAAAAGAAUUCUCUUUUUUUGUAGUAGCCUAAUGUUUUUAGACAAUAUCUAAAAUGAAAAUAAACCCAGAAUAAUGCAAAAUUAAUAGACAAGAAAUAACUGUUCUUCUGUAGGGUGAACUGUAUAAUAAAACUUAUAAUAAACCUUAUAUCCGACAAGCUAUUAAAU